CAGAGCCGUGCCGACAGCCCAGCCAUCAGGAGCGGAAUUCAGUUUUUUUUUUUGGUUCGUUCUGAAUCCUCGAGAGAGAGAAGUGUUUCGUCGCGUGUGAUCGACAAAUCGGUGAACACCCUCUCGCGGCGUCCUCUCUUUCUCUCUCUCUCGCUCCCUCUAUUUCCGCACUCUGUCCACCGUCUCUCCUCUUCAUCAAUCUCCUCGCAGUUUCACACGGGGACACGGGGGAAAAAAGUUGACGAAGUUCGCGGGACAAGUUCGCGGGUAUCGUGUGACAACCCAGUGAAUUUGAGCAGCCGGUGAGAGACCCAAGGGACUGCUGACUGAGUUCGGUGCCAAGUGGAUUUACGGAUCAAGAUGGGCUCGUCCGCGAUCGGCACGAUGGCGAGAAUGGCCGCGAGCGUGACGCUCCUGACCUUCGUCGCGGUCUCUCAUGCUGCUCUGGCUCGCACAGCGUUCGAGAAGCUGACGGACUACGACUACCGUGGAACAACAUACUACAGCGUGCGUAAUCUGUCGCUGUACGAGUGUCAGAGCUGGUGUAGAGAGGAGGCGGAAUGCCAGGCGGCGGCGUUCUCGUUCGUGGUGAACCCUUUAGCGCCGAUGCAGGACACCCUGUGCCAGUUGCAGAACGAGACGUCGGCGACGAAUCCGACGGCGCAAUCGCAACGAGCGGCGAACAUGUACUACAUGACGAAGCUGCAGAUUCGAUCGGAGAACGUAUGCCUGCGGCCGUGGUCCUUCGAGCGGGUGCCCAACAAGAUGAUCCGCGGCUUGGACAACGCGUUGAUCUACACGUCGACGAAGGAGGCCUGUCUCGCAGCCUGCCUGAACGAGCACCGAUUCACCUGCCGGUCUGUCGAGUACAAUUACAUGUCGUUGCAGUGCCACCUGAGCGACUCCGAUCGGCGAACCACCGGCCAGUACGUGCAGUUCGUGGAUGCACAGGGGGUCGACUAUUUUGAGAACCUCUGUCUGAAAGGAAAGGAGGCCUGCAAAUCGCAGAGGACCUUCCAACUGCCCAGGGUCGGCGUGGCGGAAGAGAAGGUCGCGCAAUACGCGGGCCUGCACUAUUACAUCGACAAGGAGCUUCAGGUCCAAAGCGAGUCCGCGUGCAGAUUGUCCUGCGAAAUCGAGAACGAGUUCCUCUGCAGAUCGUUCCUCUAUCGGGGUGCCCCACAGGGAUCGGCUUACAACUGCCAGCUGUUCCACCUGGACCAUUGGACUCUGCCCGAUGGCCCGUCCACGUAUCUCAACUCGGAGAGGCCUCUGAUCGAUAACGGGGAGAGGGUUGGCACCUAUUUCGAGAACAACUGCGAGAAGGGUGCUGGACCAGUUGCCGAUCCGCUUCCCGUCGUGUUCGAGACCACGGAAGACCCAACGAUCAACAACCUCACGAGAAACGACAUAAACUGCGACAAGACCGGCACCUGCUACGAUGUGUCCGUGGACUGCAAGGACACGCGGAUCGCGGUGCAGGUCCGCACGAACAAGCCGUUUAACGGUCGCAUCUACGCAUUGGGACGAUCGGAGACGUGCAACAUCGACGUGAUAAACAGCGAUCUGUUCCGGCUAGACCUGACCAUGAGCGGCCAGGACUGCAACACACAAAGCGUGCAGCGUGACGGUUUUCAGACUGGCGUCUACUCGAACACGGUCGUCCUUCAGCAUCAUUCCGUCGUGAUGACCAAGGCCGAUAAGAUAUACAAGGUGAAGUGCACCUACGACAUGUCCUCGAAGAACAUCACCUUUGGGAUGAUGCCUAUCAGGGAUCCGGAAAUGAUCAGCAUCACCAGCGCGCCGGAGGCCCCUCCUCCAAGGAUCCGCAUCCUCGACAGCAGGUCCAGGGAGGUCGAGACUGUACGCAUCGGAGACAAGCUCACCUUCAGAAUCGAAAUCCCGGAAGACACUCCGUAUGGCAUCUUCGCUCGCAGCUGCGUCGCCAUGGCCAAAGACUCGAAGAGCACCUUCCAGAUCAUCGACGACGAAGGAUGCCCAGUGGAUCCGUCGAUCUUCCCGAGCUUCACCACGGACGGGAACGCCCUGCAGUCCAUCUACGAGGCGUUCAGAUUCACCGAGUCCUACGGCGUGAUCUUCCAAUGCAACGUGAAGUACUGUCUGGGACCUUGCGAGCCGGCUGUCUGCGAAUGGGGACGCGAAUCGGUCGAGUCCUGGGGCAAGAGACGCCGAAGGAGUCUCGCGAACACGACGGAGGAGAAGGCCGAGGACAUGACGUUGUCCCAGGAGAUCCUGGUCCUCGACUUCGGAGACAAUAAGCAGUCGGAGUCCCUGAAGAGCGACGCCAGCAUAGACUUCAACGAAGAUAAAUUGGUGACCAUAGUGGAGCCCUGUCCGACCAAGACCUCGGUGCUGGUGUUGGGCGUGACCUGUGCCCUCCUGGUCCUGAUCUACAUCUCCACGAUCUUCUGCUACUACAUGAAGAAGUGGCUGUCGCCCCGCAAGAUGAUGCCUUGAGGACCAAUCGUAUCGGGCUCGACUUCGUGGGGAGGGACGGAGUAGGAUCGAGAGGACCUCCGUGAAUCGGGAUCGAUCGCGACGAACCCGAAGAACCCCGGCGCGCCCGCCUGAGCAAAACCCGAGCUCUGCUCAACUUCAUCUGCGUUUUGUCGAUUUGCUCAGGCGAGCCGCCGCGUUCGUCCGUUCUUCUUGUGCGCUCGUUCGAUCGGGUUCGUCGCGAGCGCCUCGUCGCAUUUCUACGUUUAGAGAAAAUCAUUGCGGUGAUGAGAAAUCGGAUGGAUAAUUUUCGCUGGGGGAAAAACGGAACAACAAACGGCCGGAUUCGAGACGGGUCUUUUGUCUUCGAGCGAUGAAAGGCUCGCGGCAUAGCGAAAGUCACGAGCCGAUUGUGCAACGCUGUCGAUGAGACCUUUUCAUCGAAUGGAUAUUAAGACCGCACUCAUUAUAGAACACUUUAAAUAUAAUUUCACGCGGACAUGCGACAUUACUGGUCGCGGGUGACGAGUAUCACGAGGCGUGCCGCUUGUGCAACGUCUCGUCGACGGGGGAAUUAGUUUAAACCACACGUACACACACACAUACACACGCCCAUACACAAGUGCAUACGCGACGCAUACGGACAGGCGAACGGGAAUCGGUGAGGAUCGAUUUCGUGGACCGGUGAGAAGCAAACAUACAGAAGCAACUACAUACAUACAUACAUACAUACAUACACACGACUUCAGGAUAUUUUGUUACUGGACAGUGCUCUACACACACUUUAUGCAUUUUACGUCUGAUUCAUUUCACACACUCGUUUUAUACAUAAUAUUUAUCGUGCAUACUCGGAUCUUAUAGAUCGCAUAAGGGAACGAAUGAUAGUGGGGAUCUUGCGUGCAAUACUUCCGAUCGGUUUUCUCGAGGACACGGAAACGACGGUCCGCGUUUCUCGAACGGAGAUGCGCUUUCCUUUCGGUAAUAGCGGACCGUGUUCAGGUUUAUCGGCAGAUACAGAGAGGAUCCGCCGUUUCGGUUCGGAGAGAGAAAAACCAUAUCGAUUCGAGAGCAUCGUCGCCCGGGCGAACGCUGUUCCCCGAUCCCGUGGAUCGUCGAGACUUUCCGAGAAAACGAUCGGGGAACAGGUGGCCUGGCGUUGCAAUAGGUACACAUUUUAUUUAAGGUCAUCUUAGACACAGCUAACUGUCUUACUCCCUGAUGGGCUACUUCUGAUCGGGUUGCAAGGAAUACGGAUUGGAGUGCCGGGCCCGUUCCGUGGCCACGAGGCACGGCCCUGGCCGCCUUCUUUUCUUUCUUUCUUUUUCUAUUUUUUUUUCUUUUUGUUUCUUUAAUCCACGGGAAUCGACUUGUAACCUGUAUCAAGACUAGCGAUAUUUAAAGGUUCACGCUUCACUAACGUCUCUAACGAUACAACCGUAGCGUUUAAGGUAGGAAAUAAGCGGAGCAUGGAAGCAUAGGAUAAAAGAGAGCAAGAGAACAAGCGAAAGGGGAUGGAGAAUCGUUUCUCCCGUUCGCGACGUGCAAGCUGUUUCGAUCUCUCGUGGUUAAUGGUGCUUUUUAAUCCAUCGUUUCGAACCGUUUUGCCUUCUUUCAAUCACGACCAAUGCUUCGAUCUUUCGUUCGACGCACGGACCGAUCAAAACUAUCGAUCAGCGGCUGGAACAGCUGGGAACGCGAGCCGAUUCGAGAUAGUUAAUUAACGGGGGCCAGCUGCUCGGGACCGACGUUCCGCCAUUUUCUAACGCGCGACUAACAACUUUGAUUUUUCACUGCGAAUCACAAUAUUUGAGACAGAGAGAGACGGAGAAGUUGUUUACGUUUUGGUAUCUGUAAUGGAAUCUAAGUACAGAGCGUGGAACCAAUGGCGAGAAACGAGAUCACGUUAGACAGUGGCAAUUUUUCUUGCGGUUUCAGUUUCGCUUUAACGCUCCGCCUAGCCGAGUAUAUUUUCUUUAAAUUUGAUCUCCGAUCGUACGGCGUCCGACUUUUUUACGGCGAGCAAAUUAAUCGUCACGGUAUUCUCGGCCGUGAAUCGCGGAUUCGAACGAAUUCGAGGCGAGGCGACAGCGUUGAAGCAGCGAAACGGCACCCGAACUCGAAGCUCGGCUUUCUUCGGCGAUCGUUCCUGACCGCGUGUAUUGGUGCGACAAUUGGAUUUUCGGGAAGAGUCAGCCUGCCGAGGGUGGAAAACGAACGAACGAAGUGUAUAUAUUACUGGACCGUAGUAGGUACUGAAAUGGAGAUGGAGACACGUAUACAAGCAUCAAUAUCACAUGUAUCCGUACUCUAUUUAUGUAAGCGAAAGUUUAAACAAUUAAACUGAACGAACAAUUUCGACAAA